CUGGGUCGUGCAUUCCGCGUCCGACUUUCGAUCCACCAUGUUGCGCUCGAGCUCGCUGCUAAGUGUCGCCUUUGUCUUGGGCCUGGCCUUCGUCUCCGUCUCCGUCUCCGGGGAGAUAGUGAACUUCCAGCCGUGUGCUGAUAGCGUGGACACCUGCACGGUCCACCAAGUGAGGGUGACGCCCUGCCCGGAGGCGUUGAGCAACGCGGCUUGCCACAUCCGCCGGCGUCACCGCUUCGAGAUGAGCUUCGACUUCACGCCCCAGUUCGAUGCCGACACCCUCGACGCCAGCUUGGGCUGGGCCAAGUCCGAGACCGUGGAGCUCCCCCUGCUCACCAUGGACCGCGAGGCCUGCAAGUACACCACCUGCCCCGUGCGCUCCGGCGUGAGGCAGACCUACACCAACAACAUGCCCGCCGACGCCAAGUUCCCGCUCAGUUCGUACACCAUUCGGUGGUCCCUGAGGGAUCCCGCCAGCGGCAAGCGCUGCUGCUUCACCCACGACAUCAAGGUGGUGCGUUAGAGGACCCCCAGAGUCCACAGCACACAACGCUGUGAAAUAAACUCUUUUUUUUU